AAUUGUAAAAAAAAUAUUUAGUUCAUCAGCGCAGCCCCAAAUUCUGCGCUAGUAUCUUCUUCUUCGCUAGUCGCAUUACGCGUUCUAUUUCAAUCCUCUCUGUAAUUCCGAAGCUCAGAGUCUGGGACCGGCGGCGGCAGAAGCACCGGCUACGCCAAAUCGCAUUCGCCGUUGUUCUUCAGGAAUAUAGCAGAUGGCGCUUAGACGGUUCUUUGGUUUUUCUGAUGGUGAGCUAAUGAGAUCGGACGCUAAACCGUGUUCACAGUUGAUGAAACAGACUGCUGGAUUAUGUACUGUUGGAGGGGGACUUGCAUUCUGGAUUCUCUGCAGAUUACACUAUGGUCCAAGAAUUACAGUUCCUAGGAGUCUGCGUUGGGCAGCUUGUGGAGCAGCAUCAAUGAGUGCGACCUCGGCUUUGCUUGUUCGAUUGUUUAGUCCAGAAUGUGAACCCCAGAACAUUGCUGCAUAUGACAAAGGGAAAGCUGCAAGGUAAUUGACAUUCAAAGCGCAAUGAUCUUAGUGUAUUGCUUUUAAAGUUACAAUUUUGUGUUUAUGGUUGAGUACGUGAUAGUUAACUAUCUUGCCACAUACUCGGUUCGUUCAUGGCUCCAUACAACCAUGUAUUCAGUUACGUUGUUAUUGUUAAGUCUCUCGACACUCGUCAUAGCUAAGGAGAAAUUAUUGGACGGAGUAUGUUACAAUGUGACAAUGGCUUUGCGAAAUGUAUUUUCAUAGGGAUUAAAUUGGUAACUUAAUUUUAGAUGUCGUAUCGAGCUUUAUAUA